UACCCAAACCGAACCGUAUUCGCAACCCGCGCCGAACUCGAAAGGACGUGUCGUUCGUGAUAAUCGAGACGAGAGUACAUUCGUGCGCGCAUGCCUCGCUGCACAGGCGAAUGAAUUCGCCGUCACUCAGCAGAACUUUUUAAGCUAGAACGGUCUUUGGUGAGUGGUGGACCACACUGAGUUUCUACCAGGGAUCCUUCAGGCCUCAUCUGGAAAGAAAAAAAAACACACACACCCAAAGAGAGAAUGAAAGGCCUGUGGAACAACAUGGAUGCGGUAACGUUGAGAGUUCGCAGCUGCCGCAACCAGCCAUUCGCGUCUACUCGCUGUCCGGUCCGAGAAUAUAUUUUAAAUAAUUCAAUGUGAAAGUUUUCAAUUAGCACUGGGUCGAUGGAGUAUUCGAAGAGAUGCGAAGGGAUCGGAUCAGAAAGCAUAGCAUAACAUCACCAUGCUUCGAAUACUCGCUAUUAUAUGGCAUUUUAGUCGUUCGGUUGUGUUGGUGAGCGCACAGUGAAGUGCGGAAAAGCAAGCGGACAUUAUUCGUUGCAAGCGGAACGUAAUGAGGAUGCUGUAUCGUGUUGAUUAAGAUGAAAUAUUCCACCCGGACACUGCUGGAAUGGAAGAACAGAAUCGGUCAGCCAGAAUAAAGGCCAAGGGCAGUUUGUACCGUACGCGGACCGGUGCAAAGUUUGUGGAAAAGUUUUGCACACCGAAAUCAGUGAAAUUUUUCAAACAUUUUGCCUGCAGCGUGGGGAUGGUAAACGGAAGGUGCCGGUACGGAAAAACGGAAUUGAUUUUGUUUGGUUUCAAUUUAGAAACGCUUUAAAAAUUCAUCCAAAGUACUGUUGCUGUGUGACGGCUACAUCAAAAGAAGAUAAUUCUCCGAGUGAUUAAAAAUGCAUAGCUUAUCUGCUAGCUUUCAUUCAAUUUAACGCACAAUAUGCAACACCAGACCACUAAGCUGAAAAAGUUGCUUUGCAUAAUGUUGGUAGUGCACGUGAAACACCAUGCGUCUCCAUGAUGCAUCAUUAGAGUUCGAUCGAUGCGAGAUGUGCAUCCAAAACAAUUCAAGGCCUCAGGCAUAUGAGGCACUGCCCGCAAAGUGUUUCACUCCGAAAGUAUGCCAAAGGAAUUGAAGCUUUUCCACGCACGGGCAGGCGUCCGGUGAGUGAAAGUUCAUUCACAAUGAGUUCCUUCAGUGACUGCCACCCAAAAACGGGGAACGCAGCUACGAAGCGCCACGACGAAUCUGUAUCACCUGUAUGACAACCUUUUCGGCUUCGGACGCAUCCUGCAAACAGGAGAAGGACGAUGACUCUCAGUGAUCGCGCGUGAGGCAUACCGUUAGCACCAUCGCAGCUUUUGUGUGUGGCAACCGCUACACGUCGGUUCGCGGAAAGAAUCGAACUCGACCCACACACAAAUCGGACUGACCAUACACGGUACACGUUGCGUGCAGAAAGUGUAUUGGCUUCAUGGUUGGUGUGUGUAUGUGUUAGUUUGUGUGUUUAUGUAUAAUUUUUUAGUUGGCCGAUGAAGUCCUUCUUUUUGCACUGCACAUCGUGCUAUCCCUUUCCAUUAUGCCGGAUUGUUUCAUCCUGAAGAACGGAAUAACCAAAAAAAAACCCAACGUCAAACCACACCACACUAUUCGCGCGAAAGUGAAUUGAUCUUGGUUCACUGAAACUUGGAUUGGUGGUUUAGUACGUGAAUUUUGUUUCCGAUCCAAUUGGAACCGCAUGUUUUUUUUUCUGCCGUGUAUUUUGUGCGAUUUUUUCGACGCGUUUUUUUUUUGUUUGUGCUGUGCCAUGGUAGUGCAUCGUGAAGUGAACAAAGCAAUAUGAAGUGGAGUGCUAGUGGAUCCUAAAAAAAAGCAAGGAAUAAAAAUCUGCUGUGUAACAAAAAUGUUCCGUUACGAAGAUGACCGCCAAUCGAUGUUGUCGCUGCUGCUGGCAUGAAAAUGAUCUUCAGCUACAGCGCGUAUUGGAGCGAAAAGUGUUUGCGGGUGACGAUCCCGGUCGACGUUGUGAUUGCCAGCCACGAUCCUAAACUGCGUCUAAGGUCCGGUUCGAUAAAGUGAUGGGAAUUGCGAAACGAUGCCAGAAACAUCAUGCUCUAAAUGACACCGUGUCGCAAACUGCGUUCCUUUCGCAGCUAUUGAAGUAUGUUAACGUUGACAACGCACGGCACGUUGAAGGUACGGUACCAGGAUACGUGAAAUUCGAGUGUAAUUAGUGAGCUUACACGAAAAACGUUAUGUUUUAUUUUUUCUCGUCGUCCAGGCCGGGAAGAUACUGUACAUGAUAUGGUAUGUUGAUAGUAACAGCAGACUGAACUCAACAUUUGUAUCAACGUAUGCAACUUGACGACUCUGUGCGCGAUACGCUGCAAGUGAUCCCAUCAUGACUAGCGUGAGGAUGAGUUCGCAGUGUGUGAGCAGUUUUUUUCUUCUUCUCUGGUAGUUUUUAAAAGAGCAGAACCACAUGAAUCCGCACAGCUACGCUACUUUCGCUGAAUUGCGUGUGGGAGUGUGCAUCUUAAAAUUGCACUUUGCCCACAUGUGAACAACGUGCAGCGGAGUUAAAAAAAAAGAAAGCUGCAUACAUCAUGCCUGCUGCUGAGAGUGUUCAUACGGUUUCGCAUCCUUUCAUCCCCAGUGACGCAUUAGCACACGACAGCCGCUAACGCGGAACAGAAGACAUCGGCCGUGUUACGAAAGGAUGCAAAUAAAUGAAAAGAUGAAUAAUAAAUGAGACAACACUACGCGGUGAAUGAAUGACCGCGUAAUGGCGGCCGUACGCUGUACAACUCAAUGCGGACGGUAUGCUGCUACCAUACUAUUCGAAGAAAUAUGAAACACAAGGAUAUGGCAAAUUGUUGCACGUACCGGGAGCCCCUGGUGUAAUGGUGUAAAAGAGCAAAAUGUGGUAGCUGCAAAUGGAGCUAAAGAACGGUUAUUGUUUUCGGUGGCGCCCUGCAUAUGAAAAAGGGGCUUUGUGUGAUGAAAGGUGAAAAAUGAGUGUAUCAAAAAUGCGCUGUAUCUCGCACCAUACAGCUUUAUUCGGUCGGUGUUUAGUGACAAGGAAGCAUCCAGUUUUGCAUCGAACCCAUAGCGCGAGGUGAAUCUGUAUCCCGCACCUCGUGUGGUUUUUUUUUCAUUAUGGCGAAAUGUGUUGUAUGUGGAACACCGUACGUUCGUAGUAUGGUGCCGUGAUUGUAAAUGUGUUGCUAGUUUGAAAGCUGAACAUUUUGAUGAAAAUCAGUCGGCAACGAAAACCAUUUUACAGCAAGAGAAAACAAAAUUGUUACUUAUCUAGUAGAACACGAUUGAUUUAACACAUUGUGUUGCCGUGAAAUGAAAGUCAAAGUGGUUAAUCGUCGAGUACAAGUGCAAUCAAAGAGCAAGUGAAUAACGGGCUAAAGUGAUCGUCCAAAAUAGGAAGUAUUUGUUUGUGUGUUCAGUGAUCAGUGCAUGAGUGAGAAAUAAAAUAAAAGUUGCGAAUACUAUCACAAAUCAGUUGAGUGCUCUCAAUCAGUGAUCAAUGGUGCUGUAAUGUAAUUUUGUUCGUUUGCAAAAAAUGUGCGAAUCGUACGAGUGGGCAACGGCAUACAGAAAAUAGUGUUGUUAUUGAAUCAUUGUCAACCGUUACGCAAUAAUUGUUGUUAGCAAGUUUGUGCUCAAUUUGUAAGAUUAGCAGAUAAGUCGAACCCCGUUCAUCAUAGAUCCUUAUUCUCCUUGACAUACUGAAAUCCUUCGUCCUGCAACCUUUCCCUAGCGUUAAUAUAGAAUGUGGCAAUCUUUUAGAUAAACAAAAAAAUCAUAGCCCCAAUCGUUACUCCAAUCGAGGGCUACAUUUUACAGUAUCCGUAGACGGAAUGAGCAAUGUAUAGGAAUGAUCUCACACUUCUUAACGUUCCUGAGACUGAUAUCCGAAAAACAGGAAUAGCACGUUGAACGCUCGAUAAGGUCUCUUAAACACUUUGCGAAGGUCUUGAUGCGCUGUUCAAAGGCUGAUAUUAAUGAAGCAAAGAAAAAAAGAAUAAACUCUUAAAACAUAUUUUUACUUGUCAAUAAGAAAUAAUUAGAAAUUGGAAAAAAAAAUCAUAUUAGCUUCAGAAUAUUAGCCUGCAUUGUAAAUUCCUAUUAUUGCUGACCAACCGUCCCAGCGAAACAAUUAACCAAGAAAGAGAGAAAACUAUAGAGAUAUUCCACAACCGGAAAUGGGGCUGUGGGUGGUCAAUUCGACCACAGCCUUACUGUUGGCAAUAGUUGCCACACUUUUCCUACUGGCUGAGGUGCCGCAGAUUGUGGUAGCAUCACAUGGAAAUUUUUCGGAUUUUCCAUUCAUUUAUCUCACACAUCCCCCGGAGAUUAUCAAGAAGCCAGUAAACCAGGGAGUACGAGUAGGCGGAGUGGCAACCUUUUUCUGUGCAGCUCGUGGAGAUCCGCAACCAACGGUUAUAUGGCGCAAAAAUAGUAAAAAGAUCAUGAUGACCCAGUCACGAUACACGGUGUACGACGCUAAUGGAGUUUCAAUGUUACGUAUCGAACCGGUGCGUGCUGGACGUGACGAUGCACCGUACGAAUGUGUGGCGGAAAAUGGUGUCGGCGAUGCAGUUUCGGCCGAGGCGACGCUGACCGUUUAUGAAGGAGACAAAACACCAGCUGGCUUCCCCGUCAUCAAACAGAUUCCCACAAUUCGUGUAAUUGAAACGGGUCAUACGGCCGUGAUGCAGUGCAAGGCAACUGGUUCACCACCGCCAAAGAUCUACUGGAUAAAAGACAUGAAGCGUGUUGAUAUGACUAAUCCACGAUACAGCAUCAACAGUGAAGGCAGCCUACAAAUUGACAACAGUGAAGAAAGUGACAUGGGCAAGUAUGAGUGUGUUGCUGAAAACUCGGUCGGUACCGAACACACCAAACCGACACCACUGUACGUGAAAGUGCGACGUGUCCCUCCAACAUUCUCGCGGCCGCCAGAACCCGUGUACGAGGUCAUGCUAGGAGCCAAUCUGACCCUCACCUGCGUAGCCGUCGGUUCGCCGAUGCCGACCGUUAAAUGGCGGAAGGGCGUCGAUCAGGAUUUAACGCCGGAAAAUGAUGUCCCGGUUGGGCGUAACGUUUUGGAGCUGACUGACAUACGAGUCAGUACUAAUUACACCUGCAUCGCUCGAUCGAACCUCGGUGUCAUCGAAGCUACCUCACUGGUCAAAGUUCAAUCAUUACCAGCUGCGCCUACGGAUGUAACGAUAUCGGAAGUAACGGCUACACAGGUACGGCUCGAGUGGUCUUACAAGGGCCCAGAAGAUCUGCAGUACUACGUUAUACAGUAUAAGCCAAAGAACGCAAAUCAGGCGUUCAGUGAGAUUAGUGGCAUUAUAACGAUGUUCUACGUAGUACGGACGCUGAGCCCGUACACCGAGUAUGAGUUCUAUGUAAUUGCAGUGAAUAACAUUGGCCGUGGACCACCGUCACUACCGGCCACCACGACUACCGGAGAGACAGGCGAUUCCGUGUAUGGAGGUUCCAAAAUGGAAAGUGCUCCGAGAAACAUCGAAGUGAAGCCGUUAAGCUCGUCGACAAUGCUUAUUACGUGGGAACCACCUGAGACUCCUAAUGGACAAGUAACCGGAUACAAAGUGUAUUAUACCACAAACCCCAACCAGCCCGAAGCAUCAUGGGACUCCCAGAUGGAAACCAACGACAUGACGACCAUUUCGGAAUUGACUCCGCAUGCUAUCUACACUAUACGAGUACAAGCAUUUACCUCUAUGGGUGCCGGUCCCUUGUCCAAUCCGGUGCAGGUCAAAGCUCAACAAGGCGUUCCCUCGCAACCAAGCAACUUUCGGGCUACCGAUGUCGGCGAAACAGCUGUCACCCUGCAAUGGUCUCGGCCAACUCACUCGGGCGAGAACAUCGUACACUACGAGCUGUACUGGAAUGACACUUAUGCAAACGAGCAGCAUCAUCAACGAAUUCCAAACACCGAGACCUACACACUGAGCAGCUUGUACCCGGACACACUCUACUACUUCUGGCUUUCGGCACGAUCCCAACGUGGCGAGGGUGCCACCACGCCACCGAUUCCAGUACGAACCAAACAGUACGUACCCGGUGCACCGCCCCGUAAUGUAACUGUCGAAGCCACAAGUCCAACCACUAUCAACGUGUCCUGGCUGCCACCACCGGUCGAACGAUCGAAUGGGGCCAUAGUUUAUUAUAAGGUGUUCUUCGUCGAAGUGGGGCGAUCGGAUAGCGAGGCCACGGUAACCACCCUCAACUCGACUAGCAUCGUCCUGGACGAGCUAAAGCGUUGGACAGAGUACAAGAUUUGGGUUCUCGCCGGUACCUCCGUUGGUGACGGACCCCGAUCGUACCCGUACACAGUACGCACUCAUGAAGACGUGCCUGGAGAUCCGCAAGAUGUUAAAGCAAGUCCGGUCAAUUCGACCACUAUCUACGUCACCUGGAAGCCUCCGAAAGAGAAAAACCGAAACGGCAUCAUCCGUGGCUAUCAUAUACAUGUGCAGGAAAUGAAGGAUGAGGGUAAGGGACUCUUGAACGAACCAAUGAAGUUUGACGUGGUAGAUGGACUUGAGUAUAAUGUUACGGGACUGCAACCGGACACCAAAUAUUCGGUUCAAGUAGCCGCUCUUACACGUAAGGGAGACGGUGAUCGCAGUGCCCCAAUAUCGGUUAAAACACCGGGUGGAGUUCCAAUCAGGCCGACUGUUACACUGAAGAUUCUCGAACGCGAUCCGACCGUUUCGAUCGAGCUAGAAUGGGAGCGUCCACGACAGACGUAUGGUGAGUUGCGCGGGUAUCGCGUUCGCUGGGGCGUUCGUGAACAGGCCCUCAAUGAAGAGGUUCUGCAGGGAACGCAAUUGAAUGUGAAACGCAUCAACGAUCUCGAGCGAGGAGUGGAGUACGAGUUUCGCGUAGCCGGUAUGAACCACAUCGGUAUCGGUCAGGAAGCGGUGAAACAUCUGCAAACUCCGGAAGGUUCUCCGACUGGUCCACCAACAAGCAUAACUGUCCGAUUCCAGACGCCUGACGUGGUGUGUAUUACCUGGGAGCCUCCGACCAGAGAGCAUCGCAACGGACAAAUCACCCGGUACGAUGUGCAGUUCCAUAAGAAAAUUGACCACGGUCUCGGAACCGAACGAAACACAACCGUGCGGAAGGCAGUGUUCACGAAUCUGGACGAAAGUACCGAAUAUAUUGUGCGGGUACGAGCGUACACCAAGCAAGGCGCCGGACCGUUCAGCGAAAAGCUUGUUAUUGCGACUGAACGUGACAUGGGCCGUGCGCCGUUUUCGGUGCAAGCCGUUGCUACAUCCGAGCAGACGGUAGAAGUUUGGUGGGAACCCGUUCCAUCGCGAGGAAAGUUGGUUGGAUACAAAAUUUUCUACACUAUGACCGCCGUGGAAGAUUUAGACGAAUGGCAAACGAAGGUGGUUGGUGUUACCGAAUCUGCUGAUCUGAUCAAUCUGGAAAAGUUUGCCCAGUACGCGGUCGCUAUUGCGGCGAUGUACAAAAAUGGGCUUGGAAAGUUGAGUGAGAAAGCGACAGUGAAGGUAAAACCGGAAGAUGUUCCGUUGAAUCUACGUGCGCACGAUGUUAGCACACAUUCGAUGACGCUGAGCUGGGCACCACCGAUUCGAUUGAAUCCCAUCAAUUAUAAAAUUUCGUUCGAUGCUGUGAAAGAAUUUGUCGAUUCGCAAGGUAUUUCUCAGAAGCAAAUCUUACCAAGGAAGGAAAUAGUGCUUAAAAGCCACGUAAAAUCCCACACUAUUAGCGAGCUGUCACCCUUCACAACUUAUUUUGUGAACGUCAGUGCCAUUCCAACCGACUACACCUACAAACCACCGGCAAAGAUUACGGUCACAACACAAAUGGCAGCUCCACAACCGAUGGUACAGCCCGAUUUUUACGGCGUGGUCAAUGGCGAAGAGAUUCAGGUUAUAUUGCCACAAGCUUCAGAAGAAUAUGGCCCGAUUUCUCACUACUACCUGAUCGUGGUACCGGAGGAUAAGGCCAAUCUGCACAAAAUACCUGAUCAGUUUCUCACUGAAGAGCUGCUACCAUCCCGACCUAAGCUAGAUCGACUUAACGCGCCCUACAUUGCGGCCAUGUUUUUGCAACGGAACAUUCCUUACACGUUUCAUCUCGGUUCGGGUGAGACGAAUCACAAUUUCACAAACAAGAAACUUGAACGGGGAAAACGUUACCGAAUUUUCGUGCGUGCCGUUGUCGAUACACCCCAAAAGCAUCUAUACACAUCGAGCCCGUUUUCGGAAUUCCUCGCACUAGACAUGAAAGAAGCACCGACCGGCGAACCACCACAUCGACCCAAUCCAAACGUUCCACAAGAUCCAGAAAUUUUAAUACGCGGCAAAAAUGAGGAACCCGGCAUGCUCUGGGUCGUCGGACCGAUUAUUGCCGCGCUGGUACUUUCCGUCUGCUUCCUCGUGGUGUACUUCGUGCGUCGUCGUCGACAGCCGUGCAAGGCGCCCGAUCAAGCGGCCGUUACACGACCACUGAUGGCAGCCGAUCUGGGCGCUGGGCCCGCACCUACCGACCCUGUGGAUAUGCGUCGAAUAAACUUCCAAACUCCUGGCAUGAUUAGCCACCCACCGAUACCUAUCUCCGAGCUAACCAACCAUGUCGAGCGGCUGAAAGCAAAUGAUAAUCUUAAAUUUUCGCAGGAAUAUGAAAGCAUUGAACCAGGUCAACAGUUUACCUGGGAUCAUUCGAACAUGGAAGUGAAUAAACCGAAAAACCGUUACGCAAACGUCACUUCGUACGAUCACUCGCGAGUGAUCUUGCCUCCGAUCGAGGGAGUGUCAGGAUCGGAUUAUAUCAAUGCGAAUUACUGUGACGGGUAUCGAAAACAUAACGCCUACGUUGCCACGCAAGGACCUCUGCAGGAAACAUUCGGUGACUUUUGGCGCAUGUGCUGGGAGCUCAAAUCUUCGACAAUCGUCAUGAUGACACGGCUGGAGGAACGGUCGCGCAUCAAGUGCGAUAUGUACUGGCCGGCCCGAGGCACCGAGGUGUACGGUGCUAUGACGGUGACAAUCACGGAAACUCAGGAACUGGCAACGUACUCCAUCCGAACGUUCCAGAUCUACCGCAACGGUAGCAACGAACGGCGCGAGAUCAAGCAGCUGCAGUUUACGGCCUGGCCGGAUCACGGUGUGCCUGACCAUCCGGCACCGUUCCUACAGUUUUUGCGCCGCACUAAGUCACUCACACCUUCCGAAUCGGGACCCAUUAUUGUGCACUGUUCUGCGGGCGUGGGUCGUACCGGUUGUUACAUCGUGAUCGAUUCCAUGCUCGAGCGCAUGAAGUACGAGAAGACGAUCGACAUCUAUGGGCACGUGACGUGUCUAAGAGCGCAGCGGAACUACAUGGUACAGACCGAGGAUCAGUACAUUUUCAUACACGAUGCAUUGCUGGAAGCUGUGAUCUGCGGCAAUACGGAGGUUCCGGCUCGUAGCUUACACAAUCACAUUCAGAAAUUGAUGCAAACGGAAAUAGGCGAGAACAUUACCGGAAUGGAGAUGGAAUUCAAGAAACUGUCCAAUGUAAAAGCUGAUUCGACGCGGUUUGUCACGGCUAAUCUUCCUUGCAAUAAGCACAAAAACCGUCUAGUUCAUAUCCUACCAUACGAAUCAUCGCGCGUCUGUUUAACACCGAUACGUGGAGUCGAGGGAAGUGAUUACAUCAAUGCCAGUUUGGUCGAUGGCUAUCGAUAUCGCAACGCUUACAUUGCCGCCCAAGGACCUCUUCAAGAGACAGCAGAAGAUUUUUGGCGCAUGCUCUGGGAACACAACUCAACCAUUGUGGUCAUGCUAACAAAAUUAAAAGAAAUGGGACGAGAAAAAUGCUUCCAAUACUGGCCUCACGAACGUUCGGUGCGCUACCAGUGCUACGUGGUGGAUCCGAUCGCUGAGUACAACAUGCCGCAGUACAAACUGAGAGAAUUCAAGGUUACGGAUGCUCGCGACGGUUCCUCACGUACGGUACGUCAGUUCCAGUUCAUAGACUGGCCGGAACAGGGUGUGCCAAAGUCAGGUGAAGGCUUUAUCGACUUCAUCGGCCAGGUGCACAAAACAAAGGAACAGUUCGGUCAGGAUGGUCCGAUUACGGUGCAUUGCAGUGCGGGCGUUGGUCGCACCGGCGUCUUUAUCACACUCAGCAUCGUACUCGAGCGAAUGCAGUACGAAGGCGUGCUGGACGUAUUCCAAACGGUGCGAAUACUGCGUUCCCAGCGGCCAGCGAUGGUACAGACUGAGGAUCAAUAUCAGUUCUGCUAUCGUGCUGCGCUGGAGUAUCUAGGUUCGUUUGAUCAUUAUGCGACCUAAAGACCUUAAAAGCCAUCUUCUUAUCACUGCAUCUGACACUGUCAGCAUGUUUGGCGCCGAUCACACACCAAACGCCGAUAACGAGCGAGGUCGGUGUUUUAUUGUUCCAUCGCCAUAUUUUAUCAUACAAUGACGCGUAACUAGCAAUCAACCAAUGACGGUUUACGAACAAUAGGGCGGCAGUUCAAGCAUCAACAUCCUUUUAUCUAGCCGUUUAUUGAUUUUAUUUAACCUCCAAUCGCCAUUUUUCAAUCGAUAAUGACCCAGCAUAAACGCAUAGAAUGUGUAUAUCCUUUCGGAGAAAAUUGUAACUCAAUAAGAUUUAGAAAGAUUUUCAAAAUUUGAUUAUAUUUAACCUACUCUAGGAAAAUCAAUAGUGAACACGGACAAGGAUACAUCGAGUUUCUGAUAAGCAGUUGAAAGCUACCUAGGCAAAUUUCCAACCAAAACAUUAGGUGCUAAGAAAUUGUUCGAACGGGACUCACAUUUAUAAUGUUUCGAUUAAUCGAGACGCGAUAGCAGCGAAGCGAAACAUCACUUCCGCAUGUGAGCAAUUAAAUAAUAGAGAAAAAAAUUCAACAACAACAAAAUUUCACACUAAAAUUAAUCUACAUAAAGCUAACUUUUAACUAGCGAACCGAAGCACCCUUUCGGUAGAAGUACUACACACUCACACUAACAUCACAAUCAUUACUGCCAUUUUAGUGUAUGCUGAGAAAGGGUGGAGUAAGUUUUAGAAGACAACUAGUAAACCAAACUUCAUCAAUCCGUACGGGUUUCAUGCUGCUUUCAUGUUCCUUUUUCCAGUUCAAGUUGUUGGUGCGAACAAAUUUGACUAAAUGACACAUUUUACUUCAUAUCUAACAUAUCCGACACAUAUUUUUUUCAUCUUCUUUGACGGCACUACAACCUCGAGGAGUGUUGUUGGUCUACCAUUUGUGGUUUGACUAUAUUUAGCAGGAUAUAGCAAGAAAGGUCCGGAUAGGGUUUGGUACCCGUUUCUGUCGUAUGAACGAACGGCGCUGCUAUCAUCUACACCGGAUCGGGCCGUGUCCACCGGACAAAUCACUAUGUAUGAACAAUGUCACAAACUUAUUGUGUGUACAAUUGCGGUGUACAUAACAUUGCACUACAUCCGUGCCGUACCAAAAUCAUGUUUCUAAUUUGAGGCUAAUUUCUUCGUCAAUAAUUGUUUCACUAAACAACCAUAGACGUCAAAGAAUGGCUCACGAUGUUUGGUAUAUUGGCCAGAAAAUAUUGUAAAGCAAAUAGGCAAUACUGAGACACGGCUAAGAAAAAGGAUGCUAUUAGUGUAAGCUUGCUACGUUGCUAGCGAUCAAAAUGAAACAUCAAACGGUCAGACUGAUAUUAUUAGCGUAUCACUAGAGAGCAUGGACGUAUCAUAGGCAAAAAGAGACGAACACACAAGUUCAGGUGAUGGGAAAUGGUGCAGUGCAACUACUCAAAACUAUUCUACGACAUAACAUUCUAAAAUCCACACAAACACAUAUACAUUACACAAGAAGGAAGAAAGUAAAGGGCGUCUGGUUGUCCCUAAAACAGUCGGACAGCUGUUACACAUCGCCGAAUUAUGUUUGAGUAAAGCAGCAUCGGCUGGAGAACGCAAUGGAAUAGAGCACGUAAAAGAAAGCGAGACACGGAGGAAAACAUAAUCGAAUACAAGAGCAAGGACUUUAUUCAUAUACUGUCAUCAAAACGCUCAUCACUGGGUGGCAGAAUGUUGAUAUAUAAUGAACGUUAAUUCAAAGAGACUUGGCUAAUUGAUUUGACUUUUAAACAUACACGCAUACUCAUUAGAUAACACCGUAGAAUGAAACAACAAAAUUAAGUGUUUAAUGAAAGCGCGAAACGACCUAGUAAAUAUGUAGCAACGGAGACAGAAGAUUCAACAUCGCUAUCAAUACCAUCGUGACCCGCGCUCAAGAACGAUUGGUCGUAUGGAAGAAGCCUGAAUGGAUGGACAGCAUGAAGACAUUAUCACAUUAUCAAGCAAGCGUGUCCGAAGAUGAGUGAAUGAGUGAAUGCUGGGUUGCGAAAGAUACUUGCAAACGUAUGUAUGCAAACUACCACUAUCCGCUAGAUGUAGCGUAGAAGGAAAGCAUCGCGCAAAACUAAAAACAAAAUAUCAACAACUGUAAAACGUAAAAUCAGCGAGAACCCUUGUUGAGUCCUAAUUAAACAGAUACCUAUAGGAGUGUUACUUUAACUAAACAAACUAGCCAUCGUAGUUACUGUACGACGUACUGCAGCAGCUUCCGACUGCUUUGCAUAAUGGAUUUGCCGAUCGGUUUAUACGAAACAGCCGCGCGUGUACAAUUGCACUCUUCUACUUACAUUUAUGGCGAAUAGUUUACGACAUUUUGCACGAUCACUUGAAGUGGUCGUUUGAAAAGUACGUUUCAAACACUACACGAUACUCAAUAUGUUCUGGACAUAGUGCGUCGUCCGUUUUCUUUUAUCGUUUUUUUUUUUCUUCUUUUUCUCAACGCACGUCUAUGUUGUGUUGAUUUAAGGUAGUAUUUUGAUGUGAUAUGUGCGUACUUUAGCGGUGUUGUUGCGUAUAAUGGCACAAUUUUGCGUAGAAUUAAUAUUCACAUACAUUUAACAAGCAUCACAAGCGCAACGCGAAAAGGAGAAACAAAAACGUGCACGCAUGGUCCAUUAGAAUUACUGCACCUUGAAACAUGGGCGUUUAUUUUACACACAUACAAGUAUAUAUACAUAUAUAUAUUUAGCGGCUAUUAUACGAGCAUUAGUUUGUAUUUACCAUAUCAUAUCGGAAUGGUUAGCGACUGAAAGCGAACAUUGAUUGCCUCCUCGUUCAUUGCUUCUUUCGUCUCGUCAUAAACAUUCAUCUUUCCACUUAAUAUGAAUGUAGAGAACCUUGGUCUGAACUAUUGUAACUACUUUUCCUUCCAAUCUCCUCUUACCUACACCAAUGCAGUCGUACGCAACUGCGAAGGUUCCCUUUUUUAAUUCGUUUCUGUAUCUUGCCAACAGUCGAUCAUGACGAUUUUGUUUAACGAACAACCUCAAGUACUGUUUUAUUUUUUAUUUCUCAAAACACAUCGUCCAGAUAAAGGCAUUUGUACUAAGUUGUAGUUUUAAUCAAAUAACCCCAUUUAUAUUCUUCUCGAACCGUAACAUCCCACUGCCCCUUCUGAGUAAUUAAGAUAUUAUAAUUAAUAAGUCAAAAUUACUGUGUGUUUGUAAAGCCCGUGCAGAACAAAAAUUCAAAAUUAAUCAAUAGAAUAUGUUUAGGAUGUGAUCGUCAUUUUUAUGGAUUGUAUUGUUUUUAAUGACUCUUGCCAACAGAAACCAAAUUGUUUCGACAACAUAGAACGGCUCUCGAAUAUAUUUUUUACCAAACGGAAAACCCUUCAUUUGCUUUAUUACACCGUAAGCAUUAUUAUUGCUACCUAAAGAUGCGCAAUAUAAAUACGCGGCCAUCAAAGCAAAAGCCAACCAAAUGCACAACCGUCAAGAAUGAGCAAUCAAAUAGUAAACGAGGUGGUUAGUAUUUAAAAACAAAGUUAAAUUCCACACACCGUCAGUAUAUGAUUUCCGUACACACUUGCAUUCCAUUUACAACAAUCGCAUGGGACUAGGCGGAACUCGAGCUAGUGUUUUUGUUUUAAUUACAUCCGUUUUCCAAUGCAACGCGUUGAUAGACACUAAACAAAAAUCUAUCUUGUAAGUAAGUUUCUUUUUUAACCAGUGGAAACCAGCAAACCAAGUGAACUAGACUGCAACACUAACAAUAGCAAAUACAACACAACCACACUUCAACCAAUAGAGAGAAAGUGUAGAAUUUUGUACAAAUGAUAGGAAGAAAAUUGCACAUGGAACAAAACUUUAAGCAACAAAUAAGACAAGGCAGACAGGCAAACGGUUCCGACUAAUUGUUAUGUUUGUUACGUUGAUAUCAACCUCAUCGACACAUCAUUUCCGGAUGCACGAACAGCAGCAGCAACAGCUUUGUGGUGCAAAUGUAAUAAUGUACAGUUUUUCAUAAGCAAUCCCGUACUCCAACAGAACCAAACACGGUACCGUUCAUUUUCCAGCUCCAUUUCUUUGUUUUGACCAUUACACUCAUACCGUCAUACAGAAACCACCGCACCGAGAUGAUAGUUUAAUCAACAACACACUCACCACAGCGCAAUCAUUUGCCGGCGAUUAUUUCAGUGUUCCAUUGGCGUGUGUUUCAUAUUUUUCACUCUAACUAAACGUUUAAACUUGUGUUUUGUUUCAUUCGUUGUGUAGUUUGUGUUACAAUUGUAAAGCAAGCAUUCCGACUAGCGGAAUUCAUGGUAAGCAGACGUGGUCAGGUGUUAAACAUACAAACGAGAUAUUAAACCUUCUGACGACAGGCAGGUGGAUUGGCUUAGGCGCCCCCUUGUUGACACAGUUUCUGCGCUUUCUUUCAUCGCAGAAAAGCAAAAAAAAGAUAGAACAGGCACAUUGAAGAGAACGGGCCGGUUAUGUUUCGAUUAACUAUUGAUAACUCGCAGGGAUAGGGCUUUGCAAGGAUAUAACUAUCGAGGAGUUAUGUAUUAAGACAAGCGUGCGGCGAAUGUUGUGGCAAGUGGAAGCAAAACAAAGAAAAAAUUCUGUAUAAGAAGGAAAACAAAACACUAAUGCAAUGUACCGUGCAAAUAGCAUAUAACAUGUUAGAAAGAUGGUGGACAAAACGGGCAAAGAAAAGUUAGACGGAAACAGAAACAAGGAGAAGUAGAAGAAGCAAAGGAAGGAAACAAAAGCUAUAUGAAAUAAACUAAAAAGAUAGAUAAUGUCCGAAAUUAUAUAGGUUAUGUAAUAAAAUUAUGAAAAAAGGA